UUGAACCCUUCAUUUAAAAACUAACAAGCCAUGGAAGGUGUUACUAGGAUCCAAAGUCAUCAAAGGGAGUCCAGAACAGCAAUGAAAAAGAGUUUUAGCAACUGUGCCUUGCCUCCUAUGAAGGUGUGGUUGCAAAGCCGAAAAGAAUUAUGCACAGUCUCCGCAGGAGAGCCGGAGGAGGAAGGCCGGUUCAAUGAGGUCACAUUUCUGUGCUUUGCUGAUGAGACAGCCAUGGCUCCUAAGGAAUGUGCAGCCAUGUCUGUGGAACUCCUGGAUCUUCUGAAAUCACUUCACUUGUGCAAUUUAAAUGAAAAUGAAGUCAUUUUUCUGAAGGACGUACAUAAACCAUUAGAGACUGGUGGUGUUCUUAAUCAACAGAGCUGCCACUCGCAAAUGCUGUGUGUGAUGAGACUGACUCCUUCCCGUCCAAGACUCCGCGUUGAUUCCCUGUUCACUUGGCUGAGCAAGUGUGCUGCUGGUAUGAGAUGUGCCGUGGAAACCUCUUCAUUGCAAAAGCAUAUAUCAAACAUACCACAUACUGAGGAUGAUGACACUAAUAAUUCAGUGUCUUCCAUUGAGGAUGAUUUUGUGACCGCUUUGGAGCAUUUAGAUGGAGAUGAGCCAACAAAGACGUUGAACCCCGACCAAGUGACACCUGAGAAACCCCUCCAGGAUUCUGCUUCACAGACCGCCGUUGCUCCUCACUUAGACUCGGCUGAUCCAAGGAUCGUUAUUAAGCCACCUCCUAAACCGUCAGCUCUUCUGCUUAGCAUCUCGGAACUUAAAGGACCAUCACCCUCUUCUGUAAGAUGUUCCGUCACAACUUCUGCUUCUGAUCCUGGGCGACAGAUGGAUUUUUUCAGGCCCCCUAAUUCUUCUCGUCAGAGUGUUAACCUUUUACCUAAAACACUGUUUUCUUCCUCUCCGGCUGAAUCCUCAGAGUCAGAAUGUUCUAGCCCAAGCCCAGUUAUUUUCUUAGAUGAAGAAGGGUAUCAAAGAAGUCUCAAGGCAAAGCUUCAGCUGCCAAAAAUCCCAGUAAUGAAGGGUGGUGUCGAAGACUCAGACUCUGAAGUGAGUGAAUUUUUUGAUAGUUUUGACCAGUUUGAUGAACAAGAGCAGACUUUGCAAAGUGGCUGUAAAUUGUCUCAGGAUCCCACUGUAGGUCACUUAGCCCAAGAGAAAGGGAUUUCAUGUAAAAAAUCAAGCUCUGCGCCAACCGCAAUGAAUCCCCAGAAGUUCAAAUCUGAUCAUCCUGCUCUGCCAGCCGAUGUAAGGAAGCCAACUCCCCGCAAACCAGAGUCUUCAUAUAGUAAGAAACUUUUGGAUGUCCCGGACUCCCCCCGUCCAUUGAGAACGUCAGGGGAGGAUAGUGGAGGUUUGUUCAGCCCGAUCAGAUCAUCCGCUUUCAGUCCAUUAAGCAACUGCCUUUCAUCAGAGUGCCUUUGUCAGCUAGGCGAUAGUAGAGAUGCCGUUAGUCAAAAUCACAGUUUACUUUACCAUACAUAUCCAGAUUUUGCAAAUACUGUUUCCUUUGAAAUUCUAGGUUCUGUCUUUAAUUCUCGUGCUUCAUCAUUACGUAGAUUCUCUCGGGAGCUUUCCAACCAUAAUAGAAUUGUCUCACAAGAAGAAAAAUUUCCCGUUGCAGAGAUCAAAGGAGAUUGCUCUAGUAAAGGGCUAGAUAAGAAAAGCAGAUCUAAACAGAAAGCACUAGUGAUUAAAGACCACAUCCAGAAAUUUGCAUCAGAGCUUGUUGAAAAGAGUUUUGGUCAUGCUUUUAAAGACCUUCAAAAGGGUGUUUCUUCGUGUACUAAUGUCCUCUGUCACCUGGCUGCCAAGCUGACUUCUUCGGCCUUUCAGAUGGCUUUUUAUGAGAUUAGUAGGCAACGAGCCUUUUCACUGAAGCAGAAAGCCAUUGGUGGGCUAGCAGGGUUUUUGGUGAGCGAAGCAGUAGCAGGUGCUUUAAAAGAACUGCAGUCUGUGAAGCAACAACUGUUUACCAACACAGUUGCAAAAUUUGCAGCUGACCUUGCAGAGGAGCUCGUUUUUGAGGGGAUCAUGGAAGUGUGCCAGUUUUCUCACCCCUCAACACCAGCUGCUUCUCAGAACGGGUCCUCCCACUAUGACGGCAAAGUCGUACAGUCCUAUGCUGAUGAUUUAUCUGAUUCAGUUAUUCAGGAGGCUUUCAUUGAGUUAUCCCAGGUUGAUGUGACCUUUACAACUCAAGCAGCAAUUAGUGUUUCCAUGAACAACAUAAAAUAUGUUAGUUCUGAAAGUAUUUGGGAAUCCACACAGACCUCCAGUGCUUACUCAGACUUCCAUGAUAAAGUACCACCAGUAGCCUUGAAUCCAGUACAGGAAUUCAGAGAGGAAUAUACCAUCCAUACAGCCUUGUUCUACACUUCUGGCAUUGCCAGUUCCGUUCCAGUGCCCGUAGCUGGAAGUGCCCUCUGUCAGAACCAGAUUUUAACUGAUAAUGCAAAGAUGAAGAACCAUUCAGCAACAAAUGGCCACGGGAAAAUGUGUAAAGACUCUGCAGAAUUGAAUUAUGGAACAAAAAAGAGACAAGAGGAAGUGACAUCUUUAAGAAGUAUUUAUCUGACAUCAGGUAACAGUCCAGGUAGUGCAUGUGAUACUCACAUUUUAUGUAAGCAAGGUGACGGCAAACAAGCAAAUAAUUCUGAAAUCGGCAACAUUUCUCACUUAAGUAGGAUGCCAGCCAUCAGUGGUUUUUCUGGAACAAUGGUAGAUAUGAUAGUAACUGAGGCUUACGAAGCAGUAACUUCUUCAAAGGUUUCUAAAACAUCUGAGCAUUAUACAGAUAUCUUAAGAACUGAGAAAAUGCCAUAUUUACAGUGCAUUGGCGAAGACACAUGUAGGAAUGUAUUUGCUAAUUACUUGGCCAAGCGACCGGUAAAGCAGUCUGUAGAAGAAACUAAGUCUCCAUGUUCUGCUACAAGUGAGAAACUGGCAUAUUGUGUAGGAUUAGGAAGUAAUAAAGAAAACAGUAAAGCAGAAUUGCAUGGUACAACAAGUCAGCCUGGGAAGAAGAAGAACAGUGCUCCAGUAAUUGUGGGACAGCAGCAGAUGCCCCUAAAUAGCUUGUCUACAUUUCAUGUAACUCCAGAUUACUGUAAUAGGCAUUUGCUUUCAGGGUCUGAGGACUGUCUUCAAGAAAAGAAGUGGCAUGUUGGUUGCAGGUUUUCAACAUGCACAAGCCCUUUUUGUUCUGGGACUUUUGUAAAGCCUGCUGAUGAGUUUCCAGAGACAGAAAGGUGUUCAGCGAGACCGUCAGGUAAUCCACUGGGAACACAUGACACGCGCACAGCAGCAGGGUGCUCUGUGUGCUGUCAAGAAAGCAUUUUUACCCUUCCUUCUGUGAUUCCUAACUGUGAGGAUACAUUUCAUAUGGAACAUAGAUCAAGGAUGAGAGAGGGAACUCUGGGUGUGGUCCCAGACACACCACCCCCAACACCUUUAUCACCCUCUCCGGCUAGUUCUGAGUGGAAUUUAAGAAACCUAACAAAGCAGCUUAAAGGUGAACUAGCAAAACAGUUUGCUCCUGCUACUCCUCCUUCUACACCUUACAGAUCAGAAGUGGAUGGUGCGUAUGAAAAUGAACAUUAUUUCUUAGAAAAGGAAGAGUUCAUGCUGAAACUGAUGCGGUCUCUUUCUGAAGAAGUUGAAAGCAGUGAAGACGAGUCUAUUGAAGCUCUGGCUGAAAAAGUUAGAGCAUCGAUUAGGACACUAGCGUAUGCAGACCAUCUGGCCACGCGUAUCGUUUCCACAGCCACUGAAAGGGCUGCCUCACAUUUAGAGAAUGGAACAGUUGAAACAAGAAAUAAUUUCCAGCUAAAUGUGGACAGCAAACGAUCUGGGUCUGCUGCAUGCAUGAACGUUCCAGGAAAAAAUGUACGUUCCUUGUGGAUUUAUGCAAGUGAUGUGGCAGGCAAGGUCGUUAGUGAAGCGAAGAAAGCAGUACAGUCAAGGCAUUGCAAACGUUUGAGGCUGAAGCAAGUGAAUCGUCAGGCUGACCAUCUUCAUCUUAAGAGAAACUGUAAUGAAUGUUGGUCAAAAGGCAAAAAGUUUCUCUUGGCGGACCAGCAGUCGAAAGACACAGAUUAUUCUGUACUUUCUUUACCCCAGAGUUCAGAAGCUCCUGGCUUGACCACCAAAUUUCCAAGUUGUGAAAGUGUAACAGAUGAGUAUGCAGAUCACAUUAUUCGGAUUCUGAAAAGAGAAGGUGGUCACAGUGACUUAAUAAUGGAACAAUUUGCCAGUAGACUUGUUUACAGAUCUAUAAAAUCUGGUAUGCAGCAAGCUGCCCGUAAACUUAAAAUGAAGUAUAAUAGACAAGUCGCUCCUGAUCAGAAUUUGCAGUUAAACAAUAUACUUGAUCCAUUUGAGCUAGUAAACAAGGAAGCAAGGAAACAGAAAAGAAAAAAUAUACAUCAUUUUGAAAAACGAGCAUCUGAAAGCAAAUGCAGCACAGGGAGAACUGAAUAUCCGAAGUUAUUAAGUUUCUCAGAAUCCCUGGCCUGUAGCAUAACCUCUGAUGUCAGAAGAAAAUUUAAAAUGUCAUCUGUUUGCUUGCCAAAAUCCUUAACUGAUUCUUGUUUGUAUAAAAAAACCCAAGUCGGUGCAGUCACAGAUGAUCUCAAGACAUUCUCUAAAACCCGGUCUCCUUUAUGUUGCAAACAAAAACUGUAUCAUAGCACAGGCAGUUUAAAUGAAUGUGCUUACAGAGAUAGCAUUAUUCACACCAUAGAACAAUAUGCUAGGAAGAUAGUUGAUGACACUUUAGAAGUAAGCUUGGAAUCUGCUGCUCUCCAAACUACUGGAAACUGGACUAGUGGAGAAAGGUCAACAUAUGCAGAAAAGCUGUCUCCAUUUUCUGCAACUGCUUGCAGAUACUGCUGUAUGAAGGAGCAUCAGUAUUGUGCUGGAAGCCCAUCUUUGUACCUCCCUGGACAAGAGCUUCAUUCCAAAAGUGGACAGAUUUCAUACUCAAGACUAAGUGGCAGCUGUCAAAAAUCUCACUUUCUUCACCUUGAUAUUCCUAAAAUUCAUAUAAAUAUGGAUGAAAAGGCAGUAUUUGCUGAAAAAGUGAUUGCUACCAGUUUUGACAAAGCAGAGAGGCAGCUUAGCAACACAAGUUUGGCAGCUGAUAGUGGAAUUGGCCACGAUGGAAUCAGCUUUGCAGAAAGUCUUACUACAGACAUCAUGACUUCCUGUAUGACAAACAUUGGUCAGGCUGUCAACAUAAGCUCUCCAGGAGAAGAGGGCUUCCGUGCGGCUGAGUCCGUGGCCAGCCAGCGGAUGAGUCUCAGCACAGGCGAGGACAGCACCGGCAGCUGGUCCAAUCUGAGCUUUGAAGACGAGCAGCCCGAUGAGAGCAGCAGCUUUCUCCACCUCAGCGAGAGGUAA